AUGAGUUCUUUAGCCUUUGUGCAGCGAUCCAUGACCAGAUAUGGUAUGAGUUCAUUAUUGGCUUUUGGCUUUGUUGGCAAUAUUAUCAAUAUAUUUAUUUUCACUCGUAAAGAACCUCUGCGGAAUUCUUGUUCGCUCUAUAUUCUUGCAGCAUGCAUCUUGAAUUUAUUCAAUCUUGGCUGGGGAAUAAUUCCUGCAUUAUACAAUCUCGAUCGGACCGAUCCCAGUACAUACGUAUUUAUCUAUUGCAAAGUUCAUCAUUACAUUAUUCAUGCUCCUCUUAUGAUGAGUCGAUCAUUGACAGUUAUUGCAUGCAUGGAUCGAUACGCACUUUGCUCGAAUUCGAAUCGAAUUCGCUCGUUUAGUGAUCCAAAAGUGGCUAUUCGAGUUAUCGUAGGAAUUAUAUUACUAUGGCCUAUUGCGACUGUUUUUCUUCCUAUUUCCUACGUUUAUCGUCAGGGUAGCUGCAGAAUGGAUCCAUCAUUUUCGUUGAGUUGGGCUAUCUACUCAGUGAUAGUACCCGGCCUCCUAACACCUGGUUUGAUGAUUGUUUUUGGUGGAUUAGCUAUCUCUAAUCGUCGAAAACUUCAAAAUCGACUCAAUACAAAUCGAGCAAACAUAAAAAAACGGGAAUGCACACUCAUUCUCAUGCUAUUCAGUGAAGUGAUGGUUUAUGUCAGUUCUACCUGUCUUUUUCCAGCAAUCACUCUCUAUCAAUUUUUAACGGAGGGUUUACCUCAGACCACCGAAAGUUUACAAAUAAGAGCAUUUUUGGGUUAUUUUAGUAACACAUUCCUUGUCUACAUCUAUCCAGCUGCAGGCUUCUAUAUCUAUAUCACGGUCUCACGAGUGUACCGAAAGGAGUGCAAACGUAUAUUGCUUCAUCUUUACAUGCGAUUAACUCACCAUGUAGUUGUAGUUGGAUCUAUAACAACUCUUAGAGAAAAUACUGUGCUUAAUCAAGCGUUUCGUUCUUGA